UCGGUGCCGGUGAUGUCGGCUAGAAAGCACGAGUAUAUUUACGCUUGGUUCACGCACGAUCCGGAAACUGCAAGAAAAUACAUUAUUAGCUCCACCUACGCUUGGAAAAAGAUAUUCCGGGAAAUAGAAACAACAUUGUUAAUAUAAACCUCAUUAUUUAUUGUAGAGAUUUCAUAGAAAAUCUGCAGCUAAUUGUUCAUGCUGGCGUUGUUGCUCUGCAUUUUCUCCGUAUGACGUUGUGUUGCGCUCUUUAAUUUCCAAUCAAACAGUCAGCCCACAAGUACUUUUGUUUAUGGUGCUUGUUUGACAUUUGCUACAACCACCAGCUGUGCGAAAAAUCGAGUGCGUAAUAAAACGAUGCUCGAAAGCCUAAAAGCAGACCAAAAUUGUCUGCAUUGAAGAGGAGCUAUUUUUAUAAUAAAUUUCAAGUAAAGAAGUCAAAAAUUACAUUGAAGUGAACGUUCUACGCUAAAUUACUAUACACUCAUACGGAUACAUCGGCAUACGCACAUAUAGAGAUUAACAGAGGAAAAGAGAAAAAGAGCUACCGGCCUGCUCACAAAUUUAUAGUUAUUCACAAGAACCGAUAAUCAUCUAAAUACAAAAGAUACGCAUAUAAUUUUGGUUUCUUUUAUACGUACGCACACGCUUUUAAUAAACUUUAAGGUGUUUGCUAUGCCCCGCGGUAAACGACGUUCGAAUCACGAUAUGGGGGGCGAAGAGGAACGUGCAAAUUCCAAGCGACCACGCGGUGGAUAUGCGACAACACAACAUACUAGCAGACGCCACAUCAAGGCUGAAGAUUGUUUCAGCCAAAAGCGUUGUGCCGAUUGGUUUUGCAAAUACACAAAUCCCGAUGAACCGGACACACUAGGUCCUGAUGGCAUGGAGAAAUUCUGCGAUGAUAUUGGCGUUGAGCCGGAAAAUGUUGUGAUGCUUGUGUUAGCCUACAAAAUGGGCGCCACACAAAUGGGCUUCUUUAGUCGUUGUGAAUGGUUAAAAGGCCUCACCGAAUUGGAAUGUGAUUCUGCUGCAAAAAUGCAAUCUAAAUUAGACUAUUUAAAAAGUAUACUCAACGAUCCAAAUGUCUUCAAAAGCGUAUACAGAUAUGCGUACGAUUUUGCCAAGGAUUCCGAUCAGCGCAGCAUGGAUAUAAAUACAGCAAAAGCAAUGCUACAUUUGCUGCUCGGCAAACAUUGGCCACUCUACCCGCAUUUCGCGCAAUUCCUCGAUCAAUCAAAGUACAAAGUUAUUAACAAGGAUCAGUGGUGUAACAUACUUGAGUUCUCGCGCACAAUCAACAACGAUUUGACGAACUACGAUAUUGAUGGAGCAUGGCCUGUUAUGUUAGAUGAAUUUGUGGAAUGGUUACGACUGCAACGCACAUGCACGAGUACUGCAAUAAGCUGAAAUUAUCUUUAAAAUAUAAAAUUUAUGAUAUUAAAAACAAACCACAAUUAAUAACACAACUACAAAAGGAUCAACUAAAAUGAAACUCAAGUACCACAAAUAAACAAAAAACAGCAUAUUCCAAAGCAAAACAGUAAACAAAUUCAAAACUUAUAACAACAACAACAACUACUACUACUACAAGAGGUACCAAUCAGUCAACCAAUUACCCAAAACAAAUGCAAACAAAAAACUAAAUUAAUGAUUCACUUAAAAAAACAAAACAGAAUAACAACAUUAAAACAUGAAUAAUGAAUGAGUACAUUUAACGUAUUACUAUUAUGAUAACAGAAACAAAACCACAAAAACUACUACUACAAUAAAUAGUAUCUACUAUUGUUUGCUUCUUACUAAUAUAAAUCAUAAUGAUUACAAAUAAGUUACCAUUGAUAAUGAAAAGGUGAAAUUUGAAGCAAGAGCCAACACUGCGUAUAUAGGCAUACAUAUAAACCACAUAAAAUAUGCAUGCAAACAUUGGGCAUGGCACAAUAGACUUAUCUAUCACAACAUACCAGCAUUCAUCUAAAAAAUUAUGCCGAACAACUAUCUUGUAAAUUGCAUGUAUUAAAGUGAUACAUUUAUAGUGGUAGCAUUUGGAAUAUUCAUGAUAUUCAACCCAAUUAUCCCAAACUGAAAAAAAAAAACAAAAAACUGAAAGUAAACAAAUGCA